UGCCUAUAUGAUAAUGAAUCUAGAAGUGAAGAAGUGGACCGGGGGGGGGAGGGAGCGGCUGCAGCCCUUUGAAUUUCCUUUUGUUUCCUUUCCCGCCGGUCGCCCCUCCCCCGCGUUGUGGAUGGGUGGGAGGAAAAUCCAGAAAAAAGAAGCAUUGAGACCUGCUCAAGGCGUGGAGCGAGACAGAAGAAAGGGGCGGAGAAGAGGCUGGCGGGGAAAGAGGAUGAAAAAUGGAAAUGGACUGCCUUCAAGUCGAUUCUGACUUAUGGGUGACCCUAUGAAUAGGGUUUUCAUGAACACACAAUGAGGGCCAUGGUUCUGUCUGAAUUGUCCCCUCUUUCCAGAGGAUGGCAAAGGGCUGCAGUUGAGCCAGCUCAGAGGCUGGUGACUUUUAAAGAUGUGGCUGUCUAUUUCACAGAGGGACAGGGAGCUCUGCUGGACCCAAAUCAGAGGGCCUUAUACAAAGAGGUCAUGAUGGAGAAUUAUGAGAAUGUGGCCUCUUUAGGAUUUCCAGUUGCCAAGCCUAACCUGAUCUCUCGUCUGGAACGAGGAGAAGUUCCAUGGGUACCGGAUUCCCGAGGCUUGGGUCGCAGCUGCUCAGGUGAGGGAGUGGGAUACAUCAACAAGCAAAUAAUCCACUGGGGAAUCUCUAAUCUGCCCCCAUCACCCAUACAUGGUGUGUUGAGGAAAAAGAACUCUUGCCGCAGGUGUGGAAAGUGCUUUGCUCAGAAAUCGGAUCUGGUCAUACAUCGGCUGGUCCACAUGGGAGAAAAACCUUUCAAGUGCUUGGAAUGUGCCAAAUAUUUUGUCCACCAUUCGGAGCUUGUGAAACACCAGCGAGUCCACACGGGUGAGAGACCCUUUAAAUGCCUGGAGUGUGGGAAAUGUUUCUCGCGUCAGUCUGUCCUUGUGAAUCAUCACAGAAUCCACACGGGAGAGAAACCCUAUAAAUGCUUGGAGUGUGUGAAAUGUUUUACCCAGAGAUCGCAGCUUGUCAGACACCGAAGAGUCCACACGGGAGAAAAACCUUAUAAAUGCUUGGAAUGUGGGAAAUGUUUUGCUCGUCACUCAGUCCUCAUAAAUCACCAAAGAGUCCACACAGGAGAAAAACCUUACAAAUGCUUGGAAUGUGCAAAAUGUUUUGCACGCCAGUCAGUCCUCGUAAACCACCAGAGAGUCCACACAGGUGAGAAACCGUACAAAUGUCAGGAGUGCGGGAAACGUUUUGCUCACCAGUCAAACCUUGUGAAUCACCAGAGAGUCCAUACGGGAGAGAAACCCUACAAAUGUUUGAAGUGCGGGAAAUGUUUUGCUCAACAAUCGGAUCUUGUGAAACACCGGAGAAUCCACACAGGAGAGAGACCUUAUAAAUGCCUGGAGUGUGGGAAAUGUUUUGCUAUACAUUCAGACGUUGUGAAUCACCAGCGAGUCCACACAGGAGAGAAACCUCAUAAAUGUUUGGAGUGUGGGAAAUGUUUUGCUCAACGUUCAGCCCUUGUGAGCCACCAAAGAGUCCACACAGGAGAGAAACCCUACAAGUGUUUGGAGUGUGAGAAAUGUUUUGCUCAGUUGUCAAACCUUGUGAAACACCAGAGAGUCCACACGGGAGAGAAACCUUAUAAAUGCUUGGAGUGUGGCAAAUGUUUUGCUCGACACUCACACCUCCGAGUACACCACAGAGUUCACUUAAGGGUGAAAUCCCAUGAACGCCCCAAGUCUCGUGAAAGCUUUACAGACAAAGGGAGCUUUAUUCAGUAUCUAACAGCCAGCACAGGUGAAAUACAUUCUGAAUAAUUCAAGUUUAGUCAAAUAUAUUGAUAGCUAUGUUUUCUUGACAUUAGAUACCCUUCUCUAGCUUGGAUACUGCAUAGUACCUUAGGGUGAGGACAGAUUUGGUAUGUAGAGAAUAAUAAUAGUUCUUUACUUGAAGUGUGAGCCUGAGCUUGGCUUUGCAAUCUGCACGAUAGUCAUAUACGAACAAGUCUAACAGUGGUUCAGCUGUCUCUUUUGCCUCCUUCCAGUAUGCUUUGUGUGGGUUGUGGACCUUUAACAAACAAACAAGCAAGCAAACCACAUGUACAUUUGUUUGUUUGUCCUUCGCCUUUUUUAAAAACCCCAAUACCAGAUACGUUAAGACCAGUUGCAAAAUUGGGACAGGGAAAUAUAUUUGUGACAUGGGCACUCGCCAGUUGGCACUCUCCACUGCUGGCUUUUCCCUGGUUCCUCUUUUUUUAGAGCUUAUCCCAAGCAAGCAAGCAAGCAAACCACAUGUACAUUUGUUUGUUUGUCCUUCACCUUUAAAAAAAACCCCAAUACCAGAUAUUUUAAGACCAGUUGCAAAAUUGGGACAGGGAAAUAUAUUCGUGACAACAUGGGCACUAGCCAAUUGCCACUCUCCACUGCUGGCUUUUCCCUGGUUCCUCUUUUUUUAGAGCUUAUCCCAGGCUAAGGGGAUCAUAAAUUUGUAUUGAAUGCAGUGGGGAGCUUUCCAAGCACUCCCACGGCUCUGAAAAUGUUGCUGUCUGUCUUUAUUACUAGUCUAUAAUUAAUUGGGAGAAAUCAGGUAUGUAUUUUUUUGUUUCUGAGUGUAUGGCUUAUGAAGGCAGUUACUGAGGAGGCAUCCCCCACCACAUUGGCUUAAAGAGAUGCUCUGCAAAUGAAGCUACAACUCUGCAGAGGAGCUGCUUGAGCUAUUCUUUUUCAGGUUUGAGGCUCCACAGUGAUAAAGCAUAUUAGAUAUUCAAGGACCACACAUAUGUUCACACUAGCCACAGAAGCUGCAGAGAGAGUAGAAUUUGAGUAAUCAAAGUGAACCUUUUUUUAAAAAAAAUUAUAAGCCACUUUGAGUCAUUUAGAGAAAGGGAACCUGAAAGAUCUAAAAUAAAUAUAUAGAGCCAAAGCUGUUCUGAUCUGUAAUGCUGACUUUAAAAUCGUCCCUGUUCUGUAAGCCAGAGUUGCGAUCUGACCGAUGGCUGGCAUCUAUUGUGUUGGGUACGAAUCAGAAGUUUGAUUUGAAUGGUAUGGUGGAGAAAGGCACUUAGGUUCUCUGAUGAGCAAUGUUGCAAAACUUUGGUGGCUUUGGAGGGGGGGCAUAGUUUGUGUUUGAGUCUGUGUCUCUGAGAUGGGAUGAGGCUUAUGAGCAUCUGCCUAUGCACUGUAUAAAUCACUUUGCAAUGUUCAUUGCAGUGUUUAUUGCAUACCGUAGAGCAGAGGUGCAGAACCUUUUUUCCAUGGAAGGCCAUGUUCUCUUGGGGGUAAUUUGCUUUCUAGCAGUAGGUGGGGCCAGAAUCUGUGGUGGGCGGAGCCCUCUCUCUCUCACACACACACACUCACACACACACUCUGCUACCCCCUUUCCCCCUGUUUUUCCCUCUUGACCACUCUUGAGAAAUUAAGCUUGUGGCCCAAGGGUCAUAAAUCCACUAUCCAUGCUGUAGAGCAGGUGUGGGGAACCUUUGGCCCUCCACAUGUUGCCGAACUACAACUUCCAUCAUCCCUGGCCGUUGGCCAUGCUGGGAUUUGUAGCUGAUCUACAUCUGUGGGGCCAAAGCUUCCCACCCCUUCUCUGGAGCGGCCAGCAAAACCCAGAGCAGGGUUAUGCAGAGAGGGGAAGGUUUGAUUCUUAGUGGCUGGGGUCACCAGGGGCAGAUAUAGCCCCCAACCCAGUAGGGUGCACUCCUACAUAAGUGAAUGGCUGUGAUGCACUCCUAAAAGGCAAAGCAAUAGUCUGUGGCGACACUGCAACUGUGGGGGCAGAAUCUCCCUCCCACACCUCAUAGUGGGUGACCCUACUUUCACUGACGGGGAUCCCAUAAAGGUGCGUUUGAUUGGUGUGCAUGCGCUGGCUCCUUCCCAGGGAUCUCCGCAGUAUAAAGCUCACACGCACACUGUCAGAAUGACAGCAUUUUGCCAGUUUUCACCACAAUGUUUGCCUAAGACGUUUUGUGGCUUAAAGCAGAGACUAAAUGGUCUCUUCCACCUCUCUCUGAGGCAGAGCCAAAAUGGUACCCUCCCUCCACUAAGACAAACUCUUUGAAAAGCCUUGCUGCAUCAUUCAUGCCCCAAUUCUUGCCCUCCCCUGUCUCUCCCUUACGGUGCUGAAGCAGGCUGCUUCACUCUGCUGCCAGGCAAAGCUAGCCCUGUUGAACCAUCACUUAGUCUCAUAUUAGCAUUUUUUGUCAGGAUUCCGCUGGAACAGACAGACAUAAAAUAGGGAGGGGGAGAACCAUAUGUGUCCCUAGGAGGAAAGGUGGGACAGAAAUAUCAUAAUUAAAAAUAAAAAUGUGGAUGUUCAAUGAAUUAUCUACAUAUUAGCUACCAAAGAACUGUUCGUUAUUUGAAGGCCAAGUUGGAACUGAGAAUGUCACUUACAAAGAUAACCUUACAGCUCUGCUGGGCCAUCCUGUACAAUAGCACCAUUUCUUGCUCUGUAUUAUUGUUUGCUCAUAAUACUGUGUUCAUGACCAUGGUAUUUGUCUCUCCCACAUAUUUACUUCAUAUUUUAUGUUUUGCUGCCCCUUGGGUGUGCAUUGCUAUUUAUGUGAAGCUUGUGCUCUUAAUUUAUAAUUUCAUUAUAAUCGUUUAUUAUGCUGCAUUAUUUGACUUGGUGUUCCACUACAUGUAUUUUAUUUAUAAAAUGUAAUAUUUCAUUGUUUCUUGCUCUUUUGCAGUCAGUAUGGCUCAAAUUAAUCAGUAAAGCCUUGAGCUCUGUUUUUUAAAGUGGUUCAGUAUAUAUAUAUUAAAAACCCACCACCAAUCUUGUAGUAUUAAUCACUACAAAGAGUUGCAUCCCUUUGUGGGGAAUUCCAUUCGUUCCACGGGACUUCCGUUUCCUCUCCAUGCCCCCCCCCAAUCUGCUUUGAAGAGCUCCCAUCCAGAGCUGAUUUAGUGUGCUCAGGGAGCUGGAGAGGAAGAAGGAAAAAAAUCUGCUGUGCGCACAGAAGUAUGUUGCGCAAGCAGAGCUGCAGCGUUGGAUGCAGCUCAACGUCCCUAACAUUUUAAGACAACCGGGAUAUAAAUGUACUUUAUGUGUAUUCCUGGCUUAUUGGUAAGGUUCCUCCCUCGGGCAAGUUGUUGAGUCAGAGGAAGAAAAAUAUCAGAUCAACCUCCUUUUACUUCCAGAUGGAGGAGAUUUAACAAUGCGGUAGACUUCAGGAAGGAACUGAAGGGGAGAAUUAAGCAGGAAUGAGGGGAAAAUAUUAAAAGGCUAUGAGGAUGAGUUUUCUUUCAUUUUACAAUCCAGGCUUUCUUAGAUUAACAUUGGCAACAUGUGAUAAGUACGGUUGAUUUAGAACCAUUAGGCACAAUCCAGCCAAAUUUAAGCAAUUCAAAAUCUCCUAUCAAAACACACGAAGCUGACUUAUACAGAGUCAAGCCAUAGAUACAUCUAGCCUAGUAUUAUCCACACUGACUGGUAACAGCUCUCCAGAUCUCAGAAAGAGCGCUACUUGGAGAUUUCAGGGAUUGAACCUAGGAACUUCUGCAUACAAAGCAUGUGCUUUACACUGAGCUAGAGUCUCUCAUUGAGUUUGGUGGGAGAGAUUUUAAUAGUUGCUAAAUUUUGCUGUUGAAAUCAAUGGGACUCUGAAAUAUUUGGCUUUGGCACAAAUUGGCAGGAUUGUGCCCAACGUUAAAAGCUUUGCUGAUGUUAAAUAAGGAAGGAACUAAUUGUUUGUUACCUCUGAUAGAUUGGGGGAAUUAUAUCAAUAAUUGGUAUUUGAUAUGUAUGCUAUUCUUGUGGUUAAAUGUUGGAUAAAAUGACUUGAGUACAUGCAUUGUCUGUAAAUUGUUUUUGUAGCAUAAUUACUGCAGUUAUUACAGUGGUGAGGAAAGAGAUGGCAAAUUAGGGACCUGUGAUAGCAUAUUAGUGGCUUAUCACUAUUGAAUUUUUCAUAAAGGUUUCUUAAUUGAAGUAGGCAUUAGGUCAUAAGUAUUGUGGUAUUUUUAAAUUUUGGUUUUAUUGGCUAUAAUAACUGAUUCACAGCGCAAUCCUACAUAGGUUUACUCAGACAUAUAUCCCUCUGUGUUCUCAGUGGAAUUUUCUGUUUAGUAAGUAUGUUUAGGAUUGCAACGUCAAAUAAAAUUCAUUGUUUGUAAUCACAGUAAUAGAACUAAUAGCAAUUUGCAGUUACAUUUUGUAGGAUUAUGUAGGAGAGAAUAAUGAGUGUUUGGGGUAACAACAUGAGUUAAUAAAUCUUAUAUCCAUAGAACUACUUUGUAAGAAUUCUGUAGAUUUUUAUAUUAAACACUGUAACAUUUCAAUGGGAUCUCCAGUAUAGAAAGCUGUCUCUGUACAGAAAAGAAAAAGGACAGAAAUAUUUCAUGACACUUCUCACUUAAAAUGGAAAGAUAUUCUAAAGCAGAACAUAUAUUUUCUGCCUCGGUACCUAACGGUGAUAUAAUAUUUUUAUAAUCAAACUUGGAAUAUUGGACAAGCAUCAUAAUUAGAUGAGUAAUAUAUUCAGAUGAAAUAAUGGGUUAUAGCCACCUAAGCCAUACUCAAAGUAGACCCAUUGAAACUAACAGACAUGAAAAAGUUGUCAAUUGAUUUUAAUGGGUCUACUCUGAGUGUGACAUAGAUGGAUGUAGCCCAUAGUCUGGAUUUUUAAAAAAUUGGGUGGUGUCAAGGAGUCAUAAGUUCCCACUGGGGUCAGGUCCCAAGCCCAGGGCAAUGGAUCCCAGCCAGGCACAACCCAUGUCUCCCUUACCAGGGCUGAGUUAAACCAACACCAACCCUCCCUGCGAGAUAGGCAGACUGCCACCACCCCUUAAACCUGGUUGCCCACUCUGGGCCAAGGGAAAACCCAACGUGCCAGAAAUACACCUGCCAAUGAUUCCAAAAGCCAAAGAUGCACUCUUUGUCCUGGAGCCUUAAGGUAAAAUACCCAGCUAUACAGUAGUCUGUGGCUAACUGGCCAAGGUGCUCAAUUCAGAGCCAAUCUCCCCCUGAAAUGAACACACACUGGUAAAUAAGAGGUAGCUUGUUAAAAUAAAAGUGCAAAAACGGAGCAGCAAAAUAAUUCCUUAAGCCAAACACCCCUAGGGUUAGGUAAAAUACAAAAGGCAAAGGGUUCAAGUCACAGGUAAAAAAUAACAAAGCUGUGUAACCUAAUCUAUAUUCACACAAUAUAGGUAAACCAGCAGAGUAACAUCAUGGUUCCACAUCUUCCCAGAGAUGUAUAGCCUGGAUAGCAAAGGAAGAUGACACCCCAACAUCAGCACCAGGGAACACUGGAGAACAAAGACCCAGAAUCAUAGCUCUGUUUUUAUGGGGAAAAGCCUAACAACAGCCAGGAAUUAAUUAGCCAGUCAGGGGGCUUUCUGAUGAUAUCUUCUGGAGCUUUCAUGCGUUAUGGUCACACACUUCUAGAACCUUCCCAGGCCUGUGGCCUUGAGGUACCAGUCUCAGGCUGAUAAGUAGGUGUUCCUGCUCACUGCCUAAUUAACUGAGUUCAGCUAUGAGAACUGACAAUCUCAUGGCCUCCCAGAGGCCCUAAUUCAGGCAAGAUGUUCUCCCCACAAUUCCUUGCCACAGAACCAUUUUAGUUAACAACCUUACAAACCAGGCAUUCUUGACAGGCCCCCCACUAAAAAUAUGCAGUACAUGAAUGUUCAGCAAGCCUGCAUUUAAAAUUAAGAAGCACCAUAGGAGAAUAAUACAUAAACAAGAAAAGCGUUCAUCAAACAACAUGGGAUCGAAUUGAUUAAAUGGAAAAUAAAGGUGGGGAAAACAUUUUAUUCAGACAGAUCCAGAAUAAAAUGAAGGUGGGCAAGUUGUAGUUUUAACAGACUCAUGUGUCAGUGUACUAUUGGGAGCUCCCCAAGAAUCAGUUGAGGAACUUGGGGACAAUACGGGGGCUGUCGAUCCUACUGUCCUGAGCCUUAUUUUGCCCUCAACUAUCCAUGCUGUUGGAAAGAUCCUCCUUGGUUAGUGCCUAGCAGGGUUACAAACAGCCAGUUACAGGAUUGACCAAGCACCCCAACACAUCCAGGCUUCCUUGAAGGAGAGGACGUGUUACCACAGCAAUGGGACCACACUUCUCUGUUUCCUUGCUUUCCUUCUUUGGUAGCCUUGGUUUUUGCUGGAGCAAAACGGGCAUUGUUUUUGUAGUGAACACUAUCAGCAUGUGUCCCCUGGCUUGGUGGGUCACAAGUGCUGCCUUCUCCUUAACCAUUAGCCUGGAUCAGUGUGCCAUUAUCAGAUGCCUGACAGUGAAGAUGAGCUUGAUAGCUGCAUGUUCAGUAAACACCAGUUCUAGUCUUGUGGGUCAUGGUGUGAGAUGGUUCUGCCUCACAUCUCUGCUCCAGCUCAUCCUUAUUUGGGGGCUCUCCCUGGUUUUAUCUGUGGGAUCCCGGGCAAUUUAGUUUGGUUGCCAGGCCCGGCCUCCAAGAGGUCUUUUGUAUCUUUAAAAGUUGUGCAGGGGAGAGGGAGAAUUGAAUUCCACCUUGUGGUUUUUCCCAUUACAGCGUUGCAAGAACACCUGCACUUGGCUGACUUUCUUUUCUCCUAAAGAUACAGGAUCAGUCUCAGGGAUUGAACCUGGCAACCCUAACCUGAACACAUUACUCUCCUCACAUAAGAUUCCCAGCAACUGCUAUACAGAGUCAUAUUAUAAUAAUAUAAUAAAAAUUAAAGUAGAAUAAUAUUCUUAAUGUUUUGAAAAUAACAUGUUUCUUUAUAAGCCGCCCAUAGAACUAUGGUUACAGGAUGACCUAUUCCACUGAAUGAAUGUAUGAAUAAAUAAAUAUACACUCAGAAUACACAGUACAUAGGGCACUUAAAUAUUGGAUCAUUUAUGUGAUUGAAUAAGAAUGGAUUAAAUUAUGUAACCCGGUUGCUCCAUGUAUAAAUUGAAAUAUUUCUGAUCUGAAAGGUUUGUGAUGUCUCAACCUAUGUGUUCUGUAUGGAUAAAUGUAA